GCAAAAUAAUACAAAUAUAAAUAAAUAAAAGAGGAGCGCUCGAGUACAAGAGUGCAACGAAGGUAGUAACGGGCGACACGACGGUCUCCGUGACUUGAUCGCGGCAGUGAGAACCAGUCGAGAGAUUGCUCGUGGCCGAAGGUGCGAGAAAAGGUGCAGCUCUCGCGAUAUAUGUAAUAAUAUAAGCAUAACAAUAAUAAUGAUCGCGAGCGGCGAGCGAUAGGGUAGCGCGCGAGAGCGCAGAACGGAGCAGUCGGCGUAAUAAGCACUGCACGACGAUCGAAUUUGAAAAGGCGCGACGUGUACAGCACGAUAUUUCUGCAGCGCGUCUCGACUUUUCGACUCGCGGCUUUCGUCGUCGCCAGCUCGCCUCUUGGCUGUUUGUACAUUUGGACUCGUUGAAUGUGUGUGAUACGCGAGGCCGCCACUUCGCAGCAGCAGCUCACUCCACUCUGCGAUACGCAUAGUCGGCGUCGUCGCAGCCGCCGCGUAUACGGAAUACAACGACCAGUGUCGCCACCGCGACUACUCUUGCCGAGCCUAACCAUAUAGAUUUUAGCAUUAUAGUUAGUUAGUGUGUGUACAUCGCACCCACCGGCAGCCGGGACUCGACUUGGUAUCCGUCGUCCAUCCGUCUAUCGUCGACGACGCACCGAGAGACAGAGAGAGAGAGAGAGAGUUCGUUGACUCGAACGUGUGCCGUGAGACAGUGUGCAGUGUGCCGAGUGCUCAUCUGCCGUACAGUGUGUUGUGUGUGAGUGUGCGUUGUACAUCCUCCGCAGGCAGUCAUGGCUCGUAGCAGGCCAAUCCUACUGAGCCUCCUGCUGCUCGCCAGCGUUUUUUUGCUAACCAUCAGCAGUCAGCAUCAUCAGGUACGCGCCCAUGACUUGGACGUGGACGAGGACGACGACGACGACGAAGCCCAGGCGGCCGUGGUCGAGGACGAGCCCGAGGAGCUGCUCGUCGAGCAGAAGACCCCCUACGCCAGUCCGCAGCCGAGCGGCCACGUACUCCUGGCCGAGCACUUCGACGAUCAGGACCAAUUCGCCAAGUCCUGGAUCCAGUCCAAGGCCAAGAAGGACGGAAUCGACGAGGACAUCGCCAAAUACGACGGAAAAUGGCUUCUAGAGGAGCCGAAACGCGGAGUCGAGAGCGGCAAUCUGGGCCUCGUGCUCAAGAGCCGAGCCCGUCACGCGGCCAUCUCCAAGAAGCUGAGCAAGCCCUUCAAGUUCGAGGACAAGCCCCUCGUCGUCCAGUACGAGGUGAUUUUCCAGGAGGGCCAGGAGUGCGGUGGUGCCUACCUCAAACUCUUGUCGUCCGAUCCUAAGCACGCCGAUCUCAACGACUUCCAUGAUAAAACCCCUUACACUAUCAUGUUUGGGCCUGAUAAGUGCGGCAACGAUCACAAGCUUCACUUCAUCUUUAGACACAAGAACCCUCUUAAUGGAUCCAUUGAAGAAAAGCACGCCAAUAAGCCUAAAGAAAGGUUGGAAGAUUUCUUCAAAGACAAACAACCGCACUUGUACACUUUGAUCGUACGCCCUGACAACAGCUUUGUCAUCAAAGUUGACGGAAAAGUCGUCAAUGAAGGCUCCCUUUUGGACGACUUCCAGCCUCCUGUAAAUCCACCGCUGGAGAUCGAAGAUCCUCAUGACAAGAGACCCGAGGACUGGGAUGAAAGAGAAAAAAUACCAGAUCCUAAUGCUGUCAAACCCGAAGAUUGGGACGAAGAUGCUCCACCUCAAAUCGUCGAUGAAAAUGACUCGAUGCCCGAAGAUUGGCUCGAAGAAGAACCCGUUAACAUACCAAAUCCCGAUGCGGUCAAACCAGAAGAUUGGGACGAUGAUAUGGAUGGCGAGUGGGAACCACCAGAGAUUCCAAAUCCCAAGUGCGAAAAAAUUUCCGGCUGUGGUCCUUACAAAAAACGACUCAUCCCCAAUCCUAACUACAAGGGUAAAUGGUUGCCCCCUCUAAUUGACAAUCCCAGCUACAAAGGAAAGUGGAAGCCUAAGUUGAUUCACAAUCCAGACUAUUUCAAUGAUGAACAUCCUUUCAAGAUGACUCCUAUUUAUGCUGUUGGAUUUGAAUUGUGGUCUAUUUCACCUGAUAUUCUGUUUGAUAACAUCAUUGUUACCGACGAUGAGAUGGUAGCUAAGAAGUGGGCUGAAGACACUUUUGAUCUUCGUAAACAGAGAAUCGCGACUGAAGCGUCUGGAUUGUGGCAAGGAAUUGUAAAUUUCACCGCUGAAAACCCAUGGAUAUGGACUGUAUACAUUAUAGCGCUAGGCAUACCUGUAAUGCUUAUUAUUUAUUGUUGCUGCUUUACAAGUCAGGAUAAUAAAGUCCCUCAAAAAGAAAAGGACUCAGAUGGAGAAAACGAUCAAUUACUAGAAAAUGAUGAUGUAAAAGCGUCAACUUCAAAAGAAACUUUGGAUGACGAAAAAGGUGAGGAGGUCGUAGAUGAAAAGGAAGAAGAAGCUGAAGAGGAAGUUGAAGUUGUUGAAGAAGUUAUUCCAUCAAAGCCAUCAAAUUCGAGUAACACACGAAGAAGGAAACCAAAUAAAGAAUAGUUUUAAGGAUGUUAUUUUUUGUAACAUUAACGAAUCAUCAAUGAUGCAUUGAAUUUUUUUUUCAUUAAGUUCACAUUCCGAAGGUUAUUGUAACGUCCGAUUACAAUGAAUUGAAGGCUUGUGUGCUACGAAAAACAUAAUUUCGUUCAUAGUUUAUAGUGUUGCGUUAAAUGCGAGCGUGUGUGUCUGUGUGAGAAAUAAAUAUUUUACAGCCAUUUGUCUUUUUCUUAAGAACGUAUAUUUCUUUGUGUGUUGCAAUGAAUCUUAUGAUUGAAUGAAAAAAAAAACAGUAUAUUGUUCUCAAGUAUGUAAUGAGCACACUAAAAUAUUAAACAAUUGUAAUAUUGAACAAAAUUUUUAACGCCUACGUAGAGUUUUUGUCUCUUUGUAAGCGUUCUGUUAAAAUAAAAUACAAAUUUUAAAAAUUGGA